CCCCCAUGGAGCAGGACACGGCAUAGUGCAGGCGUGAUGACUUACUCGAGUCCUAGUCCGGGAUGCGCCUGCCGCGUUCGCAAGACAAUGAGUCGAUAUCGCAUGGACAUGGCGCACGCUCGCAUGUCGCCGUCUGGGUACGACCGGCCCUGA